GGAAGUUUCGUUAGUAGCAAAUCAGUUUGUACCGACAACUUGUUGUCUAAACAUCUAGUUUCAAAGCCAAAAAGCGUAGGGUUUGCUACCCUAGGAGACAACAUUUCGUGAAAACGACGGUGCGAUCGUUUUUUUUUCUUGUGACUGUUCCCAUUUGAAGCCGGUGGUGCAACAUAGUAUUAAUUGAAAAUAAACGAUUGCGAGAAGGCACAGCAAGAGGGAAAGAGAAACCGACGGUCGCGUGUGUAUGUAUGGUGGCCUUAUGUAUCCGCCACAUCAACGAUAGUGUAGAUCCCUUAAUCUAUGAGGAAAAGGAUAACGAGCAAAGGAUACCGAUCAGCAGCCUCAGUUAUGCUACAGCUUCGGAACAGUGAGCACGGUGCUUCCGUUGAUUGUGUGUUUUAAACUUGUCGAGCCAAGUGAAUACAGAAAGGACAAUAGGUUAUCAGUGAUUGACAAUUAGCGAGCGAUAAUAGUGAAUGAACUGUGGGUUUAAACUGUGCUCGUUGGAAAGUUUUAGAACAAGUGUGCAACAUUGGCAGCCGCCAGCGGAAUUAAGAUGUCUAUGAAUUCAUCAACUACGUCAUCUUGCAGUGAAAUCAGUAUAGAGGAGCUGAAAGCCCGAUCACCAGAUUUCCCGCCGGAGAUCUUAGCAGUCAUAAAGCAAGAGCCUCGAUCGACCGUGUCUCCGAUUUUAACCCCUCCGCAUACGCCUACCGAGGACAGUAUCAAUACGACACCGGCGGUGAUCACUUCGCGCCACUACUUUGAUAUGGAACAAAACCGGUCUCCGGCUCAACACCAACACAUGUCCCAUCAUGCUCAUCAUCAUCCUCCGCAUCAUCAAAACAAUCACCAUCAGCCUCACCAGCAGGAGGUCCCGAGCGCCUUCUUUCCCCAGCGACCCACCGAACAUGGUCAGCCACCCCCGAUGGAGGCCUUCCUCUAUCAACAACAGCAAGCUCAACAGCAACAACAACAACAAAGGCAGCAGCAACAACAACAGCACCGCCUUUGGCUCCAAACGCAGGCUGCGGCAGCGGCUCAACAGCAUCUUCAUCAAACCGGUUAUCCUCUGCCUGGAUACCCCCAGAUCCCCGCAUCAGUUGCCGCCCAUCAUUCGCAUGCUCUCAUGCAACAAUGGAUUCGCAAUGCAGCCAUCUAUCGGCAACACUUCCAAGGAUAUCCCGGUGAUCUUUCACGGGUCCCUGUGCUGGGUCGUCCCGUGAAUCCCAUGAAAGCCCCUGGUCAUGGUAGUUCUCGUCCAAAGAAACAGUUCAUCUGCAAAUACUGCCAUCGACAUUUUACCAAAUCUUACAACCUUCUGAUUCAUGAGCGCACUCAUACCGAUGAACGACCUUACUCUUGCGACAUAUGUGGGAAAGCCUUCCGACGGCAGGAUCAUCUUCGAGACCAUCGAUACAUCCAUUCCAAAGAGAAACCGUUCAAAUGCUCCGAUUGCGGUAAAGGUUUCUGCCAAUCGCGCACUUUGGCCGUCCACAAGGUCACGCACUUGGAAGAAGCACCCCACAAGUGUAACAUCUGCAACCGAACCUUCAAUCAAAGAGCUAAUCUCAAAACCCACAUGCAAAGUCACGCCCUAUCGGACAUUACCCCCAACAGUCCGGUGCUGGACCUCUCGCAAAAGUCAUCCCCUUCCUCCCCGGACAAGGACACAUUCGACGACGAAGAAGAGAUCGACGUGGAAGAAGAUGACGACGAGGAUCACUUUCACCACCUCCACGGUACCCCGCCCGAUACCAAUCUGCCGAAGAAAUCCCUCGGGUUCUCGAUUGAUGAGAUCAUGAAGCGGUAAUUGGAUACGUUCGGUAAUUACCCGCGUUCCCAGAGAUGUUCCUUACAGGUCGAGCAAGUGAGAGAUUAGUUGAUUCUAAUUCUGUUUGUUGAUUUUUAUAUUCGUUUCUUUUAUUGUGGAAGAUUUAAUUUACUCCAUAAUUGUUGCGAGAGGUAGCUGGAGAAAGAGAGAGAGAGGGGCAUGACGAAUGAGAUCCCAAAGCGUUAGGCAGAAAAAAAGCAACGGCGAAUGAGGAGAAGAUAGAAAGUAGUUUAAUGACCUAGAAAAAACACAGAUCGACACAACGAAUGCAGCCAAAGAAGAGUAAUAGCUUGGUAUCCUCCUAAAACGGUUCGCUGUUAAUUAUUGCGAGGCAAAGAGAUUUGUAAACUUUAUCUCGUUUUCAAACGAAUAGUCCACAAAAGUCCUUUGCAUGAACGAAAAACAAAAAAAAACAGGUACAGAGAUGGAGCUUUGACCUUUCUUUUAAAGACUGAUAUUGCUUUUAUUUAUGAAUGCGCGCUUAGAUAGGGCCAUAGUUAUUCACACACACGCAAUCAUAUACACAGAUACACACAUCAGCACGUGCUCCGCACAUACAAACUAUUUAACCAAAUCUCGUUGAUUGAGUCAUGUUGCCAGCGGUGUAACAUUGGAACCCCAGAUAGUAUUAGAAACUGAUCUCAGCCAAACUACAAACCAGAAUAUUAGCUUGUUAGGUGCAGAAAUUGUAAAUAAUUUAUUCUAGUGUAUUAAGUUAGAAGAAUAUAUAUUUUAUGUUGUACGCAGUAAGGCACACCAAGACGUAAAUUAUUACUGAAAAAUGAUAUCCAAAUAAUAAAAGAUAGGAUUCUUCCAUCCGAUACGUAUUAAAUGA